ACCGUCAUCAUGGAGGCGCUUUCGAAUUCCACCACCGAUGAUGUUUACACCGAACUCAAACGAUCAAUUGUUCCUCGCGACUUAUCUUCAUGGGGUGGCUACGGACUAUUAGCCAGCUCCUGCCCUUCUGGGAGCUCGUCCUGCGGAAGUAAGAGUUGCUGUCCGUCUGGAUAUACAUGUAGUAAAGAAAGAAGCGACGGUACUGAGACUUUGUGCUGUCCAAACAACGAUGAUUGCAAGAACGUUGUCGGAGCGUUACCAGCUUGCGCAGAGAAUUCGUGGACGCUGUAUAGAUACGGCUACUACUUCUGUUGUGCGGCCGAUCGAAUUGGGACAUACUCUUUGGAUGGUGGAAUUCUGUGUCUCGAACACACACUGCCUAUUCCUAGCGAAAUAAGAGUUAGCGUGGUUUCUCAAGCAACCGGCGCGGCAACAAGAGCACAAUCAGCAACGGGAACACUGAUCACAACAACUAAACCAACGUCACCGACCUCCUCUCAAACUGGAACAACUCCCCAAGCCUCCAAAUCAUCGCGCGUAAAACCAACAACCAUCGUCAUUGCCGCACUCGCUGGUGCAUUCGCACUCCUCCUCAUUUUCGUAAUAUGGUAUUUCCGAAGAAAGAUAAGGGCCAAGAAGGCACUACGCAUAGCAAAUAUGCCGGCGCAACCGGUAGAUUCCGAUGGGUAUGCCAUAACCCCCGACGUUGUGAAGCCCACCAUGUAUGAUGUUUUUGGAGCGGCUCGUGCUCGAGCUUCAAUGGCCACGCCGUCACCGGUGGUAGGAGGACCACCUACGUAUGCUUAUCCGGCGCCGCAGGGAUAUGAGUUGGCUGGGAAUGUGAUGCCGCCGCCGCUGAGAAGUGAGUUAGACGGAAGGAAUCCGCCGCCUUAUUGAUUUGUGAGUGAAGAGUUUCUUGUAGAAGUUAGCGUCAGGUGGUUGAUUGCCCUUCGUGUAAUUUCUGAAUCUGAUAUGACUGUAAUGAUAAUCUGGCCUUCUUUUAUUUAACAUGUGCACCGACUCGCUGUCUCUUCCCUUAUACUUCUC